CUGUCUUUCGAUACGAUUCUUUCCGCUGACAUGUGUUCAGGAUUUUCAGCGUAAAAAUUAGAAAUACGCGAUUUCAUAGAAUAUUAUACACACAUGCAUUUUUUAAAUUUUGAAAUUAAUUAUAAAAAUAGCAUAUUCAAGUGUCUAGUCCUAUAUAAAAUCCCUUCAGGUAAAAUCGAAUGACAUUAGUUUAUACACAUUAUUGUGUUAAUAUAUUAUUUAUUGCCGUGAGGAUUUGAAAUACUUAAAACAUAUGUACGAUGGGAAAAGAUAAAAAACAGAAGAAAAGUCGGGACGACAAAGAGAAGUUUGAUGAUGGUGAUGACAUAUCUACGACUAUUGAAUCUAAGAUUGAAAAGAACCAGAAAAAUGAGGUUAAAUCUUUAAAAAAUGGCAAAGAAAAGUCUGAUUUGCCAACUUUAAGUGAUGAAGAGUCAGAGAUAGAAAUCAUCACCCUCGAACAACAGGGCAAAAAAAAGAAAAAGACCAAACAGAAGAAAGCCAAUUUCAGCCUUCUUGAAAUUGAAGGCGAUGAUGUCAACAGCGAAGAGGAGAAGAGUGUUAAAGAACAAUCACCUGAAUCUGUUGAAAUGGAGGAUUCUAAAAGCAACUCCAAAUCAAAAGAAAAGUCAGGUAAGAAAUCGAAGAAAAAAGAACGUAAAAAGAAAGAGGAUGAUGAUGAAGAUCUUGAUAAACUUCUGGAAGAACUCAAACUAGAAGCUGGUGGUAAAGCUCCUGCAAAGACAACGAGUACAGAGGCAGUGGAUGCUAUACCUAAACCAGAAGAAAAGUCCGAAAAACUAGAAGAAAAGACUGAAGUGACGAAGAAAUCAAAGAAGAAGAAGAAAGCUGAAGAAGUGACGACUCUGGCUGAAGAAAAAGAGCAGCCAGAAGGAGAAGGAGAUGCUGGAGAAAAUGAAAGUUCUACCGUGAAGACUGCUGCGCAGAAAAAGAAAGAAAAGAAGGAAAAGGAAAAACAGAAAAAACAGGCGCAGUUUGAUCAGAGUGCAAAAAAGAAAAAGCCUGAUGCCAAACCAAAGGAAGAAUCACCUGCUCCUGGCGAUGAUCAAAAAGAAAAAGAUGAUGAAAAGAAAGAUGAUGAAGUGGAUGAAAGUGAAAGUAAAAAGAAAAAGAAAAAGAAAGGAAAAGAUGAUGAAGAGGAGAAAAAAGACAAAAAACGUCCUGGAAAAAAAAUGAUUGCUGCUAUGCAAGAGGCUCUGAAAAAAGCCAAAGAAGAGGAAGAGCGAUUGAGACAGGAGGAAGAAGCCAAGAUCAGGGCCGAAGAAGAAGCUGAGAGGUUACGGUUAGAAAAGUUACGGUUAGAGCAAGAAAGAAAAGAAAAAAAGAAACAAAAGGAAAAAGAGAAACGAGAGAGACUUCGAGCUGAAGGCAAACUCCUGACUAAAAGCCAGAAGCAGAAUCGAGCUCGUAUGGAAGCCACUUUAGCAGCACUUAGAGAACAAGGUAUUGAAGUGCCUCAAAUUGGCGAGAAGAAAGAACCUCGUCCCAGACUUGGAGACAGAAAGAAACCAGCAAAGAAGAAAUCUAUUUCACGAGAAGUGAGCACAGAACCUGCUGAAACAGAGGAGCCUGCUAGCAAGGAGACUUCUCCUCAGUUAGAGGAGGAAGAGGAGAAGAAAGAACCAGAACCACCUGCUGUGCCUCCAAAAGAGGAAGAAGAGGAUGUAAAAGAUGCCUGGGAUGAAACAUCCUCUUCUGAAGAUGAAGACACUACUAAACCAGAAAUGAAAAAGGUAGAAAUUGUGACAAAAAGCUCAUCGAAACAGGCUGCAAAUAAGAAUGAAUCUGAUGAAGAUGAAGAAUCAGAAUCAGAAACUGGAGAAAGCUCUUCAGAAGAGGAAAGUGAAUCAGAAGAAGAGAGCUAUAGCAGUUCUGACAGUGAUGAUGACAAUUUGCCAUCUGUAGAAAAAAUAAAAAAUAGGAUACAAAAACGGCGAGAACUUGCAGAGAGCAAUCGUAGCAUGGACAAAUUGAGGUCACCUGUGGUGUGUGUACUUGGUCAUGUAGAUACUGGAAAAACCAAAAUUCUAGACAAAAUCCGAAGCAGUAAUGUUCAAGAUCAUGAAGCUGGAGGAAUCACUCAACAGAUUGGUGCCACAAUGGUUCCUGAAGAUGCUCUCAGAGAGCAAUGCAAGUUUGUCAAAGGAUUUCCUGAAAUUGAUCUGAAAGUUCCUGGGUUGCUGAUCAUUGAUACUCCAGGUCACGAAUCCUUCAGCAACCUCCGUUCUCGUGGCUCCUCCCUUUGUGACAUUGCCAUUCUCGUUGUAGACAUCACCCAUGGACUGGAGCCCCAGACCAUCGAGUCCAUCAAUAUGCUGAAGCAGAGGAAGACUCCAUUUGUGGUGGCACUCAACAAGAUCGAUAGAGUUUAUGAAUGGAAGACCACGAAGAACAAAGAUGUUCAAGACAUCAUCAAAUCUCAGUCUCGAACAACAAAGCAAUUUUUUGAGGACAGAGUCAAGCAAGUCAUUCUGGAAUUUGCCAAUCAAUCUCUGAAUGCCGUCCUGUAUUAUGAGAAUCCAGACCCAAGACAAUAUAUCUCAAUGGUUCCCACUUCUGCUUUAACUGGUGAAGGCAUGGGAAAUUUAAUGGCUCUCAUAGUUGAGCUCACACAGUCCAUGAUGGCCAAGCGACUCAUGUUCUCUGAGGAGCUACAGGCCACAAUUUUAGAGGUGAAAGCAAUCAGUGGGCUUGGUCAUACCAUGGACACAAUUUUGGUGAAUGGGCGAUUACGUGAAGGUGAUACCAUUGUGUUUGCUGGGUAUGAUGGUCCUGUUUGUUCACAAAUCCGCUCGCUUCUCAUGCCACAACCUCUCAAGGAACUCAGGAUAAAGACUCAGUUUGUGGAGCACAGAGAGGUAGAAGGGGCCCAAGGAGUGAAAAUAUGUGGGAAGGACUUCGACAAAGCUAUUGCGGGCCUUCCAUUGCUUGUUCCUAAGAGGCCCGAUGAGACAAAAGUCCUUAUGGAAGAAGUAGCUGAAACUUUCCGUGACACAAUGAAUUCCAUCAAAGUGACUGGCACUGGAGUUUAUGUACAGACUUCCACUCUGGGCUCUUUGGAAGCACUCAUGGAGUUCCUCACAGAGUCUAAAAUUCCAGUAUCUGGUGUUCGAAUAGGUCCUGUUACGAAGAAAGAUGUCAUGAAAGCUUCAGCAAUGCUUGAACAUGACCCUACGUAUGCUGUGAUCCUAGCGUUCGAUGUUCGCAUUGAGCGUGAGGCUCAGGAACUGGCUGAUUCCUUGAAUAUUAAAAUCUUCCAUGCUAAUAUCAUUUAUCAUCUAUUUGAUGCUUUUGUCAAAUAUCGAACAGAAAUCAAGGAGAAGAAUCGUGAGAUGUACAAGAAUGCAGCCGUCUUUCCCUGCAAGCUGAAGAUCCUUCCACAAUUUAUCUUCAACUCUCGUGAUCCCAUUGUGGUGGGGGUCUCUGUGGAGGCUGGGGUUCUCAAAGAAGGUACACCCCUUUGUGUUCCUACCAAAGAGUUUCUGGAUGUUGGCAUUGUGACGACAAUCGAGGUGAAUCACAAACCCAUAGAGUUUGCAAGAAAAGGGCAAGAGGUGUGCAUCAAAAUCGAACCUCUUGGUGGAGAAUCACCGAAAAUGUAUGGACGUCAUUUUGACCACACAGACUUGCUUGUCAGCAAGAUCUCAAGGCACUCUAUCGACAUGUGCAAGGAACACUUCCGUGAAGAUCUCCAGAAGACAGAUUGGCAGCUCAUGGUAGAGUUGAAGAAGCUGUUUCAGAUCAUGUGAUUGGCUCAUUCCAGAACUCUUUUGUUUUUAAUAUAUGAACUUGUAAGAAUUAACUCCCUUUUUCUACACUUCUCUUCCCUGCCGGCUGUUUGAGAGGUUUUAAAUUCUUCUGUUGCAUCAAAUUAUUGUAAAUUCUGUUGCAAAAUUCUUCUCUGAAAGAAACAAAAAAGAAACAUCCCUAUUUUAUGAAUUUGUUUUUAAAAAACUCAAAAGAAUUCCUGUUUAUACUGGUACAUUAUUUAUUAUAGAAUCUGUUGAACUAAUCUUGUAUUUUUGUCAUAAAAUAAAACUCAAUUGAAUACAA